UACACGCCAGAGGAGGAAAAAAAGAGUUUUGACAAUUCUUUUUCUCAAUAGAAUUUAUUUUGAUAUGUCAUUUGAGAUUGAACCCAAAACCAUUUAAUAAUAGUCAAGUUACAUGUUUCCCGAUAAAUUUAUUUUUUAAUGUAGUAUUAUUAGGCGACAGAAAUGAUUGCGAGACCAUGGACAGAUGAUUUACCGAAAUGUCGGAAUACUUGCGUAGCGUCUUAUUUCUCACCAGUAGAUGGAAAUCCUGGUUCAAAUGACGAUUAUUUUUGUUUUUAUUGUCAUACAGAAGAUAAUUCGUGUCUGUAUGGCGUGUUUGAGCCACACAAUGGCUUGGAUGCGGCAAGAUUUAUUAUGCAGAGAAUGGCGGCUGAGAUUUUAUUCGCCCCACCGUCCAAUAGCAACACUGACGAAGAGAUCAGGGAUAAAUUAAGGAAUGCAUUUGUGUCUGUGGAGAAGGCAUACAUAGAGAACUAUGAUGGCAUGAUAGCUGAACGAACCAGCUUACAAUACAGGCUUCAGAUAUUAAAAGGGCACACACAUACAACACAGAUGUCGGAUAAUAUUCUAUUUCGUUUGAAAGAAAUUGACCAACACCUCUCCGGAGGUGCCACUGUUGUUAUAGCACUUGUACACAACAAUAAGUUGUAUGUUGCAAAUGUUGGUGAGACCCGAGCACUGUUGUGCAGGACCGAUGAUAACUCAGUGUUGAGGGUUGUCCAACUGACAGUUGACCACAGUUUGAACAAUGAGGAUGAAUUGUUGAGGCUUUCACAAUUGGGCUUAGAUGUUAAUAAACUUAGAAACGCACAAUACCUCGGCAAUCAGACUGGAACAAGAUGCCUAGGUAACUACCUAGUUAAGGGGCUAUAUAAGGCCUUUCCAACAAUAAGCGCUGCUUCCUCGGAACCAGUGGUAGCAGCUCCUGAGAUACAUGGACCUAUUGCUCUGGACGAGUCAUGCAGGUUCCUUGUCUUAGUCAGUGCUGGUGUUUACAAACGCAUCCAAGAAGUACGAGGUAACAGCGAACAGACGAACAAACAACUAUCCCAAAUCAUAGUAGAGAACUUCCGCAAACAAGCUGACUUUAAGAGUGUCAGUCAAUCCGUUCUAGAAGAAAUCGAGGAAGAAUUUUUAUCAUAUUGUGUAAAGAAUAGCUUAACGCCAAAACCGAAUACCCACGUUACAUUAUUGAUACGUAAUUUCAAUUUCCUUCCCCCCAUCCCUCAAAAUGACACUUUAAAUACGGUUCAGAAACAAAACGCAUCUGUCAGAUUCAAUCCGAUCGUUCAAUCGAAAUCGAAUACACUUUUGAACGAAAUGGAUUCCGAACCGUAUUCGUCUGGAUCGAAUGAUUUUGAUAAGAACGAUUCGAAUAUAGACACGAAUCGAUCAAUCGAAUCUUCAUCCGAUAUAUAUCCAAUUCGACCGUAUGACAAGGACAGACGGAUUAAAGGUUACGUUGAUUUUUCAUGUUAUUAUGAAAAUGUAGAAAAGGCCAGAAAGAAUGGGACUUUGCCUAGUUUUAUUAAAUAAAUUAAAAAAAAAAACAGUAA